AUGUCUGAGCCCACUCCCGCCGACACCAAGCCCGUCGAGACCCCCGCUGUUGAGCCCACGCCUGCUUCGGAGCCCGCCAUUGAGGCGCCCGCCGUCGAGGCCCCCAAGGAGGAGGCUAAGGUUGAGGAGACUGAGGCCACCCCCGCCGAGACCACCGAGGCCCCCAAGACGGAGGAGACCCCUGCUACCGAGGGGCUAAGCCCUCUGAGCCUGCUGCUGAGACGAAGAAGGAGGAGCGCCCCAAGAGCCCGGCGGGACAAGAAGGAGAAGGCCGAGAAGAAGCCCAAGGAGAAAGCUGCCAAGAAGACUGAGAAGAAGGAAGAGAAGAAGGAGGAGGCUGCCCCCACUGUGGCCACCGAAGAGACCCCCAAGGAGGACGCUGCUGAGACCACCGCUGAGGCCCCCAAGGUUGAGGAGACCCCGGCCGCCGAGCCCGCGACUGAGACACGCCGCCCCCGCCGAGACCCCUGCGGCGGAGCCGCGGCUGAGGCGGACGCCGAAGCCCCUGCUGCGGACGCCGAGGCCCCCAAGGAAGAGAAGGCCAAGCCUAAGACUGAGGUUAAGACGCCUGCGAAGGUCGAGGAGAACCCCCCGAAGAUUGAGGAGCCCGCCCCUGUUGAGCCCCUGGAGAACCCCGCGCUGAGGCUCCCGCUCCGAGACUGCUGCGCCUGUUGA